AUCAGAGCAAUUUCAAUCGUAUAAAUACCGCAAACUACCAAUAUGUCUGAAGCCUGGCAACACGAGGAACCGUUCGCCGUCACGAACGUGCAUAUGCUUGAUGCUGACGUACUAUGUGAUGUCACUAUCUUGGCGGGAAAAGAAAAACAGGAAGUGAGGUGUCACCGAUUCAUGCUGGCAAGCCGCUCACCGGUGUUCUAUACGAUGUUUUGUGGCUCACUUCCGGAAGCCAGCGUUGUGGAAAUACCUGAUGUGGAAGCAGACGUCUUCAGAACGAUCGUCAGGUUUAUGUAUACGGGAGAAAUACAGCUAAUGCCUGAUUCCGUCAUGGCCACGAUGUACGCGGCCAAAAAAUACGAUAUCCAACCCUUAACAAACCGCUGCAAGACAUUUCUUGAAAAGGAAAUUGCAGUCGAGAAUGUCUGUAUCAUCCUCGACCAAGCUUCGAAGUUCGAGGAAAAAGAAUUAAUUCAACAAUGUCUGUCCUUUGUAUCCGAAAACCCUGAUCUAGUAUUUGAAAGUGAUGGAUUUUUGAGCAUUUCCUCAGAAACCAUGCGGUAUGUACUUGAGCAAGAAAAAACAACACCAAAACUACCACCAGAAGAGGUUUACGCUUCUUGUAAGAAAUGGGCGAAACAAUCUUGCUCUACGACCGGGCUUGAAGUGACGGACCAGACUCUGAGACAAAAACUUGGGGAACUAAUACUGCUGGUUGAUAUUGCUGGAAUGUCGUUUGAAUCAUUUACCUACAAUGUCGUACAAGAAAACAUUUUAUCUGACAGUGAGAAGGUCACCUUUUUAAAAGAACUAGGCGAACGAAAGAAGAACGUUAACUCAUUCCGCGUUGAAAGAUUUUCUAAUGGUAUAGACGGAUGGGGAUACCAGGGAAAACAAGAUGGAAUAAGCUUCAGCACGUCAAAAGAGUUGUCGGACCUGGAGGACGAAUACACACUCCCUACACCACAGCUACCGCAGUAUAAGGGCCGCGAGACGAAGGCCAAUAGAUUGAUCAAGGAGAACCGAGAGGCGCAGGCAAUCCGAGAAGUGAAAGUCAAGAAGCGGGCAAAAGAUCAAGAGGUCAAGAGGAUGCAGGAGCAAAAACUGGAGGUGAGGCGUCGUCAGGAAAAGCACAACUUUCAGUUGGUGAAGGAGGAUGAGGCGCUCUUCCGGCGGAAACAGGCCGAGGUGCAGGAAGAAAUUGCCCGCAAACACGAACAACUCGUCAAACUCGAGGAACAGGCUAAUAGAGGUUUACGGGAACAAGAAAUUAAACAGAAGUUCAUGGAAGGUCAGAAUGUAGACGCUAAUGGUAACUUUGUCUUUGAACCGGAAACGACGACCCGAAAAAAUGUCGCCCACGAACCCACCGUACAAAAUCCCGCAAAGUUUAACCUGACGGGAAUUACGCGGUCAGGCUGGGGAUUUGAGGACCUCGCCGUACAGGAGGUGGACCAAAGGGACCCGGAGCCGCGCCCGCCAACCUACCGGAAACGCGACAUCGUCCACAACACACAUCAAUUCAACAUGUUUGACAAACACGCAGUCAAGGCGCCGUUCAGUGCACGUGAGUCGGUGGCGGCGUUGGUGACUUACUUCCGGGAAGGUGCGGAGAACCACCUGCAGCUCGUGCGCAUGUUUUACCGCUGGAUCACGUUUAACGUCGCGUUUGACGUUGACGGAUAUUACGGGGAGUCUCAGUUGCAGUCCGUGGAGGCGGAGGACGUUCUCGGCACUGGUGUCACUAUAUCAGAAGGGUACGCAAACCUCCUCGCCGCCAUGUGCAGGUUCGAGGGUAUCCCCGUGAAGGUCAUCCAGGGUAUUGUCAAGGGUAAGGAGUACCAGAUAGGCGACAUCAUUAACUUUACGGAGAGCCACCUAUGUCACUUCUGGAACGCCGUCUACAUCAACCGGAACUGGUUCUUUAUUGACUGCUCGUGGGGCGCCGGGCUCGUGGACCGGAAAAGGAAGUGGAACAGACACUUUCAGGAGUUUUAUUUCAUCGUGGACCCGGACAAGAUGAUAGUAGACCACUUCCCUUUCAUGGACGGUGACCUGCGGGCCAGCUCCCGAUGGCAACUUCUUGCGUCCCCAAUCAGUGCUAACUCAUUCAACCAGAGAUUGAAGCUGGAGCGCGCCGCAUUGGAGUGGGAUGUUAAGCCGGUCACCCACACGCAGCAUCACAUCAUCACGGUCAGUCGAGACCUCGAGGUCCGCCUUCAGGAGGUAGCAGAUGUGCUUGAGGAAUACUCGGUACAAUUUCAGCGAAAAGACGGAAGCAGAAAUCUAGACCGGUUCUUCUUUGCGUGCAAGCUUGACAAUAGAACACUCAAAAUCACGGUUCGACCCCCUGAACCAGUCGACUACCUGCUAAACAUAUACGGACAGAAAUCACUGGACGCCGCCGGAAAAUCCGAACUAUUAGUCACCUAUAUUCUAAAAUGUAUCGAUGUCCAUCAACAACUUAGACAGUUCCCGCCAAAUUUUCGAAUAUUUGGCGCGGUGCCAAGUUAUUCAAAGUUUGGGUUCAGUUCUGAUAUAACAAAGUGUUGUGAGUAUACGUGCAAUUCAGGCGAAAUGAUUCUGCCAUUAAAGACGAAAAGGAAUGUGAAAUGUAUGGCAAAACUUGAACAUAUCGACGAAAGGGUCGAUUUAACGAACUAUUGUCUGAUCACAGCAAAAGACCGAGGUAUUUCAAUAAAAAUGCGGUUUCCGUUUGAGGGAUAUUACAAAUUUACCUUGUUUGGAAAGGAAGAAGACGAUGGUAACUUCAGACCAGUUGCUACCUUCAUGGUUGACUGUAACCAAGCAAGUCACGUGCACUCUGGAUUUCCGGUCGCGUUUGAGGCAGCUCUUGAACUAAAAUGCACCUUGUAUAAGCCACUGUGGAAAGACCUUCCUGCAAAUUCGACAAUAAACAUAGUGAUUGGCUGCCCAAAUAUAGUUAAGGCAAGCGUUAUGUACCAUGAUCUUGAAAUGGACGAGAAUCACGUGUUCGAAGGAACUGUCACCACGCCCCCUGCCGGACAACCGUUUACCAUAUAUGGGCAAAAAAAUGAGAAGAGUCCAUUAGUCGGACUAUUCCAUUUUACUAUUUUUUGACAUGUGGUAAAAGUCGGACUUUUCCAUUUUACUAAAGUCUGACAUGUGCCAUUAUCCCCGAACUUUUCAAUUGUAUUGUAUGUUGAUAAAUGCCAUGAGUCGGUCUAUUCCAUUUGACUGAAUUUCAAUUUGUGUCAUUAGUCGGACUAUUCCAUCUUACCUUAGUUUGAUGUCUGCCAGUAAUAUAUUUGAUUAAGUGCGAGCUUUGUUGAAAUCAGGAUAAAGCUCCACAAGAGCUAUGAAAACAAUCGAUUGAAGUAGCCAGCGAUGUGGAUACCGUGGUGUGCAGCUCUGUAGCAGCAGCAUCGUCAUUAUCAUGCAACUUAAUACUACCAGCUUUGAACUAUUACUUCACAUGUAAUUAUUAUAAUCGACGAUGAUAAAAUUCGUUUCUCUUUCGCAUCAUUUUUUUUUCCAAAUUAAAUUUGUAAUUAUGUACAUUCUCUCAUGAAAUCGAAAAGCCUUUUAGCGAAUCAUGAAUAAUUUACAAGCAGAUCCGUGUUGAGGCGUGCGUCUUCCUGGAAAAUCUCCAGUUCAACAUUUAUGGUAGAAAAAAUAUGCAUAAAAUACACAAAAAUGCACCCUUUUA